AUGAAUCCAAUGUACAGUGGUAUAGUGUUGUUUGACCACACUACCGACACGACGCUGCAGCCCCUAUUGGUGCAAAAGGUAGUGACAGCCGUUGGUUUGCUCCCCCGCUUGGCACUUUGUCAGUUGGUAGCGCGGAGCUUGGUCCGCGUGUCCGGGACCGAGACCGCGGGCAGCGCCAUGGCGUCGCUACCUUCACCUAGGGGCGGAGUGGAAGGUCUACGACGCGAUCAUGGCAGAGCUGGAGGGCAAGAUGGAACAAGGUCCGAAGAGACCGUGGACGAGUUCAUCAGGGUCGCCACCAACACGCCGACCGAAGGCGAUCAAGCUCGAGGAGAUCAAGGAGCACCGAGCGGGCACCAGGAGCGACCAGACGGACUCCGUGACGAAUGGCAGGAAGCAUGGGAAAGACGACGGUCUUCGCAAGCUCCGGGUCCAGGCCAAGGGGAAUGGCAGGAUCGACAAUGGGGUGAAGGUCACCGACAAUGGGAUUGGGGUGAUCAAUGGGGAUGGAGAGAAGACUGGUGGUCUGCCGCUUCCAGAGGCAAGGACUACGCUGACCCUCCGGCUUGGGCUGGAUGGCCAAACUAUCGCUUAUGGAAGCGAUCUAUACAGAGAUGGGACCAGUCCACUGAUGUCUCGGUCAAUAGGAGGGCCGAGAGGAUCUUCAAGACCAUGGACUGGGACCUGCAGGCUCGCUUUGAGCACUUGGGGGACGACGUCAUCACCGGGCACGGCUACUUGACUGCCGUGCUGAACAUCCUGGACGUGCUCGCGGGCGAGAAGCAGGCUUCAGAGAUGCGACGAGUUGUACGUCGCGCCCUGUUCGAAGGAGGACGCAAGAACGAGGAGUCAAUCUCUCAGUUUGCGCUUCGAAGGGAUCAGGACUUCAGCAUGGCCGAGAAGUACCUUCAGAUUCCGGAUAACUUGAAGGGCAUCAUGUUGGAGGAGCACGCAAACCUGAGCAAGCAGGCGAUGCUGAACCUUCGAACGCUCACUGGUGGCUCCAGUGACUAUCAUGCAGUCUCCCAAGCCAUCAAGGUGUUGGACCUCGAGGAAGAGCACGUGUCUUCCAAAGGCAAGGGAGGCAACUUUCCAGCGUUUGAUGACGCUGGCUCCUCCGAGAAUGUGGACGAGGACGAGGUGUCAUCGUUGGCGACGCAGGAUCAGGAGGACAUUCUGGUGGAGAUCGAGAAGAUGGACCUCGAUGAGAAGGUUGCGGUGGAGGUCUUCGUGGCUCUCGAGAAGGAGAAGCGCUCCUGGAAGGAGAACAAGAAGCUCAAGAUGGCACAGAGAAAAGACAGACGGCACUUCUCUGACCGGACAACGCGUCCGUAUGGUGCCGGCCGACCCAAAGGAAAGCGAGGCUUCAACGUCGACGCCAUCAAGAAGGUCUCGCGGUGCAGCAACUGUGGAGAUCGUGGACACUGGGCGGAGGACUGCAAGAAGCCAUACAGAUCCAAGGCUGAUCGGCUGGAGCAGGAGAAGCACGCCAAGGGCGGUGCCGGACGAGGAGCAGGAGGACCAUCGGCUUUUGUCUUUUUAGGCGCUUCUUCCUCUUCCACAUCGAGCGCGCAGCCUCAUUUAGGCGGUUUCAACUACUUGGGCUUCCAGGAGGAAGCAACCUAUGAGCUGGCCUUGCAAGAGACGCAGACGCAUGGGGAGCCCUACGUUCAGGAGAAGUUCAACGUUGAGGACUAUGUGACUGAUGGACAGCUCAAGACGUUCGUGGGCAUGGCGAUUCCAGAGUUCGCCCAACGAGUGCUGGACCAAUACAGGCUUCCAGACACUCCGCAAGUGUUCAUUUCUCUUCCUGGUGGACAUGCGAUAGUGGAUCCUGGAGCUGGACAAGAUCUCAUUGGACAGCAGGCCUACGAGCGGCUGAAGGAGAAGCUGAAGGAGCGCGGUCUACGACCCAUUGAGUUGGAGGAGACCCCAGGUGCCGCUGCAGGUGUUGGUGGCAAAGCCAAGACCCUCUUCCUGGCGCUCAUUCCCUGUGUUCUCGGUGGAGCUCCAGGAGUUGUGAAGAUCACCGUGGUGCAGCAGGACAUCCCGCAUCUCUUGAGCAUCGGUUUGCUCGAAAGCCUGGGUUCCAUCAUCGACAUCAAGGGCAAUGUUCUGAAGUACGAGAACUACGAUGCCGAGGACCAGAUGCAUCGCAUGUCUUCUGGGCACAGGACCAUCGACGUGACCAAGUGGGAAGGAGGAGAAUUUCCGGUCCCUCAGCAACUCCGUGACCAGUACGGCUUGCCUGAGGGAUCCUUCAACCUAGAGACUUGUUACGCCUCGGAGGCAUACAUGGAGCUGCUGCCGCAGUUGAGUGGGAGGGUCGGAUUACAAACAGAGUCCAUCAUCACGCAUGUACACCACAUUCCACGCAGAUCGCAUUACAUGCCUCAUGUUGAAGAUCACAAGAACUUGGAAGAUGUUAGAGUGACUUUGAAGCGGCACGAAGAUGGCAGUUUAUCACACAGUGUGGACACGUGGAGGCUUGCAGGCGACAGGCAAGUAGAAGAAGUACCCUGGACGGGAAUCACCGUGUUUGUGAAGAAGCUUGCAAAAGACUCUAUGCACCAGCGCCUUUUGUGCUCAAAAUUCGAAGUGGCCCCUUCCGGUCCCAGCUACGCGAUCGCUGCGUCUUUGGAUGCCGCGGGAUCUGCAGUCUCAAUGGCUGCGCAUGGCGACCGCGCUGUUGGAGAAGGAGGCCCACCAGGUCAAGGAGAAGAUCAAAGGAGAGAAGCCAUGUCUCCAUCCACCCAGCUGCGUGGUGCAGGGGCGCAACCAGUACGGGGAGUGGGAUCGAUGCCUACGCUGCAAGACGAAGCUAGCAUACCGGCCCUUCUCUUCCAAGCAGGACGGCAAGAAGAAGGACAAGAAGGGCAGAGAGAUUGUCUAUGUGGCGACGGCAGCACCCCUGGAGCCGAAGCGGGCGCCGAAAGCCAAGGCAGAAGCAGCUUCGAGCUCCCAGCACAUGGCUCCGGAGGCCCUGCAAGCGUCUUUACAGGAGUCGAACCAGCAGCUGCUCACGGGGAUGUCGACGGUGCUGGCUCAGGCAAUUACCCCGUUGAUGUCGGGGCAACAGGCUCUGCUCGAGAUGACGCAGCAGUCAAUGAACAACCAGACCAUGCUGAUGUCCACCGUGCAGCAGACCCAGGGAGCAAUGGCUCAGGCGAUGACGGAGAUGACUCAACAACUACGACGAGCCCAAGACGAGGAGGAGUGGGCGAACGUGUCAGAUCCCCCGCAGUACCACUGAUGCAUUUUGCCACGGCUCCCAACACUGCAUGUCGUCUACAUCAUGGACUUCCUCGGUACGCCCGGAAGACGUUCUUCAUGGAGCAGGAUGACAUCAAGGUUGCCUGGAGCACCCCGGAGUUGAAGGACUACUUUGAGGACGAGGACAUCAAUGAUGACUAUGAGUGUGGAGUGUCCACUGGUGUGAGAAGGGCGACACGUAGGGCACUGGAGGCUGAAGGUUUUAUCGACGAGGACACCGACCAAGAGCCCAACAGGGAGCCCUCACCCACGCCCCCCCCAUCCCCUGACGUCCUCAUGGAGUUUGGAGAAGAACGUGUCGUGUACAAGGUCAUGGAGCUCUUCUCUCCUCCCCGAGUCACUGCGGAGAUCAUGACUGGGGGCUAUCGCAACAUCGGGCACACCGAACCAGCCGCCUUCGACAAGGACUGCGGCUGGGACUUCUUUGAUGCACAGGAUCGGAAGAUGUUCUGGCAGUGCUUCGAGGAACAACAGCCCGACUUGGUGAUCAUGACCCCGGUCUGCCGAGCUUUCAGCAUCCUCAUGAACUCCAACUGGGAUCGCAUGGACGAGGUAGAGAAGGAGAAGCUUCAGAAGGCAUGCAUGACGAUGUUCCAAUUCUGUGUGCAGGUCGCGGACGAGCAGCUCUCUCGCGGGAAGGAAUUCAUCCUGGAGCAACCUGAUGGUGCUUCCUCUUGGAACACCCAUGCCGCUGUAUGGCUUGCGAAACAGGAGCAGGUGCUUCACAUUGCGUUUGACCAAUGUAUGCUGGGCCUACAGGUACAUCCCGCUGGACCUUCGAAGAAGCGGACUGCCUUCAUGCUCAACCAUCUCGGCAUUGCAGACGAGAUCGUGGAGUACCAGUGCGAUGGAAGCCACGUGCAUGUGAAGUUGGAAGGAGGUUUACCUCUGCUAGCCCAGGUCUGGCCACAGAGGCUCAUCAGGACCAUCUUAGCUGGAAUCCUUCGACAGCUGGAAUGGUCAGGAGUUGAGGUCGAAGAAUCUGAGAGUGAGGAGUCACCUGAACAUGAGGAGCAGCUAGAUGAUGAUCAGCCAAACCAGGACUCAACGGUCGUGCGAGAACAGGAGCUCUCACAAGCUCAGAAAGACCUGGUGAAGAGGAUAGUAGGCGCUGAUGUCUUUUUCGUGCGCUGGGGCAACAAGAAGGUUCCCUUCCUCAACCUGGUCGACCACGGGUCGAACUGGCAGUGUGUGGCGAUGGUUCGACCGGCAGAAGGAGGCGAACCAACCAAUGGCAACCCCAAAUCUGAAGAUACCUGGCAUUGGAUGAUGAGCUCUUGGAUCAGACCACAUGGAGCACCAGAAGUUCUUGUGACGGACGGUGGAAUGGAGUUUCGUGGACGCUUUGAACGAGGUCUCGAGCAACUCUCCGUCCUACACAAUGUCACUGACAUCCAGUCCCCAUGGCGGAAUGGCAGGGUGGAAAGACAUGGGCAAUGGAUCAAAGACCGGGUGGAGCUCGAACUGGCGUCUGGCUCUUCGAUCUUGGAGAACCUGAACGACCUGGACAACCUCAUCAUGGAGCUGGUCAGCUGCAAGAACAUUUGGUUCUCUCGAGGUGGCUACAGCCCAGCACAGAUUGUCUACGGAAGGAAUCCCCGACUACCACCAGAGCUUUUGUCUGAUGCAGAUCAGGCAAGCCCCGGUUGGUCCGACAUCCUGUGCGAUCCCACCGAGAUGGACACCGCUGCCGCAGAGUUCAAGCGAGCUCAUCGCAUCAGAGAGCAGGCCAAGAAGCUCGCCAUGGAGCACACCAGCAAGGAGAAGCUGAGGGAUGCUGCCAAGCCGCCCAUGCACCGCUACAGGACUUGGACGGCUGGACAAUGGGUCCUGGUGUGGAGGAUCGCUCAAGGAAGUGAGCGUGCGAGAUGGGUAGGCCCAGGCCUUGUGAUACUCCAGAAUGGGCACACGGUCUACGUAGCCAUGAGGAGCAGGCUGUGGAAGUGCAACACAGACCAGCUCAGGCCGGCCACCGCCACUGAGGACAAAGAGCCGGUGCGGUGGAUGUGGCACGAGAAGGAGCACCAUCUGACAACGCCUGGAGAACCGCUCCCGCUGAAGGAGAAGAAGCCUCGACACUGUCCAGAACUGGUGACGGCUCAGAGCCAGCCCUCCCAGUGCGCGACAACUAGUCCCAAUGUGAGAAGGGGAAUGGUGAGAAGACAUUCACUGGACACUGUGUCAGAGCCACUCUCCGAGCCCUCAGCAGCAACUACCCCACGCGGUGAUGGAGCAGAAGACGCAGAAGGGAAGAGGCGGAAGGUCAGCAAGGAACCUUUGCCCACAAUUGAGGAGACACGCGCUACACCACAGGAGCCUCAACCAGGCAGGCCGCCCGGACAGGAAGAAGUUUCUUCCUCUUCCAACGACCCACGCACCUACAGAGAGGCAAGGGUACGAGAACGAGUUCAAGAGAUCGAGAGCCGACCACACAUGACAAGGAGGAGAUCAAGGUCCCCACUUCCUGAAGUGUUGAGGCGGCAAAUUGGAGGACCACCUCGGAUACCGCUGGACACCAUGGGGGGUCCAGCCACAGACCUCAACGCUGACGAGCUCUACGUCCCGGGGAAGCGCGAGCAUCGGGAGAUCUUCAAGGAGCACUGCAUUGCCUAUAACGAGGCGUACUUCUGUGAGAAUGGACUGGACCUUGGGGAGCUCCCCAUAGAGGCCUUGUUUGAGCUUGAGCCGCACGGUCCUUGUGAGGAGAUGCAGACAGGGCCGAAGCAGAUCUGGGCCACUGAGCAAGUCAGGAAUGGCGAGAUCACCUGGUCGCAGAUGACGCCGGAUGAGGUCCUGGAAUUCAAGAAGUCGGACCUCACUGAGUGGAAUGAUCUGGAGAAUGGAUUCCAGGCCGUCAAGGUGUGGAAAGGAGGAGAAGCCAAAGACCUCAGGGAGAAGUACAAGCACCGCAUCAUGACUUCCCGAAUGGUGAGGCGAAAGAAACCUAUGCCUGGGCUGCACAAGUUCAAGGCCAAGUCCAGGUUCUGUGUUCAUGGACACAAGGAUCCAGACGGAGGAACGUUCCGCACCUUCGCUCCCACUCCAAGCUCCGAGGCUUUGAACAUGGUUUGCCAGGUCAUCGCCAACGAGAACCUACAUCUCCUGUUCGCUGACGUGAAGGCCGCCUUUGCCCAGUCUGACAAGCUGGCGAGGCCCAGGGGCAGAUUGUUCGUUGAACCAUGUGAUGGAGUUCCAGUCGAGAAGGGAGACCUCAUUGAGCUGGUACAACCAGUCUAUGGCCUGGAUGAUGCGCCUCUGAGAUGGUUUGAGACGGUGACCCGCUUUCUCCGGUCCAUGGGAUUGAGGAAGAGCCUACUGGACCCCUGCGUCUACGUCCAGCACAACGAGCACAACGAACUGGUCCUGCUCAUCCUCAUCGAGGUGGACGACUUCAUCGUGGCGGCGAAGGACGAGAAGAUUCAGCAGGAGGCCAAGGACAAGCUGAUGUCCAGAUUCCGGUUCGGAAAAUGGGAGGUCGGAGAAGCCGACUUUAUCGGCCGUCACAUCAAGAAGGAGGGCAACGAAAUUCGAAUGGACCAGGAGAAGUACAUCAUUGAGAAGAUGGAGGCGGUCCACCUUUCCAAGGGCAGGAGAUCCAACAAGGAUGCACCUCUUCAGGAGGAGGAGUUCAAGGACUUCCGAAGCAUGCUAUACAGAGCGAGCUGGCUGGCGCAUCAGACUAGGCCAGAAGCCUCGGGAGUGGUAUCCAUCCUCUCAAGCAGGCUCCACCAGGCGAACAUCAAUGACGUGAUCAUGCUCAACAAACUGGUGGGCCAUUUGAGGAGCACCGCAAAGCAACCUCUCCGACUCAAGGGCUUCAAGAAGGAGGAGAUGAAGUUCAUCGGGAUCAGUGAUGCCGGCGGUGUCGACGGUGACAUCAGAGGCCUGGACAAAAUGGGCCUGCCGGAGGACCCCGUACAGGGGGCCUGGAUCGUCCUGGCAUCAGACCUCCUUCCUGCACAUGACCUGAAGAUCAAUGUCAGCGUCUUGAGUUGGAGGUCAUCGAAGCUGAAGCGGAGGGUGACAAGCACGAUGGCCGGAGAGACGGUUUCUAUGUCUCAGUGCAUUGGAGAGGUCGAGUGGAUGCAGAUCUUUUACCGAGACCUGAUGUUCGGAGACGUGAAGGUCCAAGAAUGGCAUCACAGUCUGAGCCCCUACCUCAUCUACCUGCCGGAGGAGUGCGAAUUGGUGGCAAGGCAGGAGCAGUGCCAGAUCACGGAUGCCAAGUCGCUGUAUGACGCCAUUUUCAAACAAUGUCCUGCCUCACGGCAGGACAGACGCACCGCCUUGGAGCUUGCGGUCAUCGUGGACUCCGUGCAGAAGGCCGGCUCAGAGAUUCGCUGGACGCCCCACCAGCGUAUGCCCGUCGACAUGCUGACCAAGGUGGACUUCAGUAAGACGAAUGGAACCUUACUCCACCUGCUGAAGACUGGGCAACUGCGUAUCGACAAGGAGGACGCAGAGAUGAUGAGAAGGAAGAGAGAUGAGUCGGCCCGCUCGAGGACACGGAGAAGCAGCGAAAAGUUGCUAGCUGAGGAGCUCUACUACGCGAAGAUAGUUAGCAACAUAGUGUGGUCAACAUAA